UCAUCACGCCGUGACGUCACUACGCAAUCACGCCCUGACGUCACCACGCACCGCCGUAAACCGCCUCCAGUACACCAGGCCCGCGUGCACCCUCCGUGCGCCCUUCAAGAAGCCUACGGUCUCGCCUAGCGCGGCUCGCCGCCCUCCGAUUCGCCUCGCCCGGCCACGUCGCCUGGGCCACAAAACCCACCGGGACCCGACGCCGGCGGCAAGCUCCUGCUCCCGAUGCCGCCUCGGCUGGCAGGAGGCGAGCUGGUUCGCUCUCCCGUGCAUCUCUACCGCUACCUCAUGCGCUGCUGCAGGAGGCUACCGCCAGGAGGCGCCCGGGAGCAUUACCAGCACGCCGUGCGGCAGACCGUCUCUUGCACCAGGGCUUCAGGAGCCAUGCGGAUGAGGUGGACCCAGAGCGGGUGCAGCAGAUCAUUGCUCGUGCUCUGCAGGACGCGCACUGGUUGCUCGACAAGUACAAAGUGAAACACGAAUGAAGAGACGCACGAAUGUGGGAAGCAGAGGAUGCGGUUGCGAUGGUGGCGAGAUGGCCUCCCAUAUGAAGUCCUCGGGGAAGAACGUGUACCACGAUUUCGGACGAAUGCUGGAGACGCUUUCUAUUUUAUUCUCUUUAGAAUUUACAGAUGUGGGUAAUUAUUACUAUUAUAGUGGCGAAGUGGCCUUUUCAAUCUGGCAUAGUAUGUUAGCCAUCAAGGGCUGUGCUGUAAUUCACUUAAAUAAUUUGUCCACCUUUCUUGAUGAGGGAUACAUUUUCAUAAAAUACCACGGUGUCACACUUACUGGGACGGAUCUGAUUAUUUUUUUCAUCCACACUGGGAUGUGGAUGGUUCACAUGUGUGUCAGACCAUUGACUUUUCCCAAAAAUCAACCAUAUGUUCUUACGCAAUGGUUAAUUACCUUCAAUAUGACUGCCCACGUGUAUUAUUUGGAUUUUGAAAUGGUGACCGCGAGGUUGCCUGAUUCGUGGAACUGCCCAUAAACACACACACAUCGUGAUACGUCAUUAUUAU